AUGACGACCCGAUCCAACGGCGACGGCCACGGCCACGGCGGCGCGGGGUCCUGGUACCCGCAGCGCCGCCCGCACUACGGGUACGGCGGCGGGUCCGCCUCCUUCCGCGGCUGCUGCUGCUGCCUCUUCCUGCUGCUCACCUUCCUGGCGCUCCUCGCCCUGGCCGUCGCGCUCGUCGUCGUGCUCGUGGUGAAGCCCCGCAAGCCGCAGUUCGACCUCAACCAAGUGUCCGUGCAGUACCUCCUCGUGGCCUCGCCCACGUCCCCCGCGGCGGCGUCCCCGGCCGGCGUGCCCCCCGCCGCCCCCGGCGCCGCCUACCUAUCCCUCAACAUCACGCUGCUCUUCACCGCCGAGAACCCCAACAAGGUGGGCAUCCGGUACGGCGCCACGGCGUUCGACGUCAUGUACCACGGGGUGCCGCUCGGGGUGGCUGCGGUGCCCGGGUUCGAGCAGCCCGCGCACAGCACCCGCCUGCUCCAGACCCGCGUCAUUGUCGACCGCUUCAACGUGCUCCAGACCGACGCGCAGGAUCUCGUCCGCGACGCCGCGAUCAACGACCGCGUCGAGCUCCGCAUCACCGGCGACGUCGGUGCGAAGAUCCUUGUGCUCGGAUUCUCCUCGCCAAAAGUGCAGGUGUCCGUGGAUUGCGCGAUCGCCAUCAGCCCGAGGAGCCAGUCGCUGAAAUACAAGCAGUGUGGCGUGGACGGGCUAAGCGUGUAG